AUGGGCUCGCCUCUGUCUGGACUAAUUGCCGAAGCAGUUUCGCAGAGACUCGAGCAGCAGGUCUGCAGCUCGUACCCCCAGAAGUUCUGGGCCAGAUACGUCGACGACACGUUCGUUGUAAUCAAAAGGAGAGAGGUGAAGGCUUUCAAGGCAUUGUUGAACUCCAUCUUUCCCGAUAUUCAGUUUACUAUGGAAGAGGAAGUCAACAAUCAGUUGCCCUUCCUGGACGUACAAGUCACGAGAUUGACAGACGGGAAGAUAAGGACAACGGUUUACCGUAAAGCAACAAACACCAGGCGCAUCCUCCACUUCCGAAGCAACCACCCUGUUGGUCAUAAACGCAGUUGUGUCAGAACCCUCUUUCAACGCGUUCAAACACACUGUAGCGACGACAGUGGGAGGAAGGAGGAGAUGACUUACUUGCAGGCCCUUUUUAAAGCCAACGGCUACCCGAAGUCCUUCAUAUGCAAUUGCCUCAAAAAGCCUCAUUUUGAGCGGUCGAGUGGAGAAAAGCCCAAGUUCUGGCUCUCAAUACCCUAUGUGAAAAACGUAUCAGAGGCAGCGGCAAGAAUUCUGAAACCUUUUGGCAUUGGCGUGGCUCAUAAACCAGAAUGUUCCAUCAGAGAGCAAAUCAUGAAGCCCAAGGACCCGCUACCAACAACAGAACAGUUGGCGGUGGUCUACAGCAUACCAUGCCUAAAUUGCAAUGCGAGGUAUGUUGGUGAAACGGGCAAACGCCUCGGUACAAGAUUGCACGAACGCCAACUUGCAAUCAACCGCAAGGACAAGCUGUCUUUGGUCUAUGGCCACAUAAGAGAACUGAACCACGAUUUUGCCUUUGAGAAAGCGAGGGUAAUUGGCAGAGCCAAUGAGAAGAUGGCCAGGCUGGUGCUCGAAAGAUGGUCCUCGGCUGGUACACUCAACCGAGCUAUAGACCUACAUCCCGCCAAUCAGGCGCUGCGUACAAGGCUUGGAUCAGUCCGGACAGGACCAGUAAGGCAAGCGAGCACGCGGGACCGAGAGUCAACGCCCACGGAAAAGAGCGGAAUUGAGGGCCAGAGGUCAUGUGACCAAAGCCGAACACUCCCUCACCGACGCGCCCGCGAAGCUGAAUGCUGCUCAACUGAACAGCAACGACCGAUCAGUCCACCGGCUGAUGUUGGAGAGGCCAAGCGGCACGUUGAUAUGACCACAAUUGCGCGGACCCCAAAGGGAACAAAGGUCACGCAGGCCUGUCAGCGGUCAGCCCCGGGGAGGUCUAAGCCAGUCAGCGGCAAACAGGCAGGCCAAAGUUCGUGCGUCCAGCACGGCUAUAAUACGAGGCAAGCGGCAAGACUGAACAACUCAAGAUCGUCAAGUGCAACAACUACGCUACUCUGA